UCUCAUAACAGCAACCUGCAUUCCGAUGACCCCGCCACAAGGUCGAGCGGAAGCUGACAAGCGAAUUUGUGCUGUGCCAAGUUGGGCAGCCGCACGCGCUCCUCCAGCUGCACCGCAACGCUUCUGUCAAUCAGCAGGGCGGUGCAAUCGUGAGACCACAGCUCGCCCCCCGCCUCCCCGUCGCAGAGUGUCGGCCUCCUCGGCCACAAUUCGCAGGCAUUUGAGUAUGGGGAUAUGUGGUGCUGCACUCACCGCAAACCCCUCUGGAAGAUCAGCUGAGGGCCAGCGCGAGAAGACGAGAGAGAUGGACAGCUUCCUUAAAUCUCUCCACUGGUGCGCUCCGCUCGCCGCAGCGCCUGGCAAGCGCCUUCGGUCAGGGAUCGCCCACGUGGUAGUUGGUGCCCUUGCGCAUCUGGGCGGCGCGGUAGAUCUGCUCCACCAGGAUGACCCGCACGAGGCGGUGGGGGAGGACCAUCCUCCCGAGCGACAGCAGCUCGCGGCGUGGCCCUGCGCUCUCCGCCUGCGCCGGCCCGGGCUUCGCCACCGGGAGCCCCCGGAGCUCGGCCGGCAGGCCCGUCGCGCCGCCCACGACGAACAGGAGGCGGGACCCGCCCGCUUCGAGGCGGUCGAAGAACAGGUCCGCGAAAUCCUCGGAGGUCAGCAAGGCGCCGCGCUCGUCCAGCACGAUGGCGUUGUGUCCGCUUUUUCCACGGCGCGGAGGAGCUGCGCGUCGGUCUUGUGGAAGACCGUCUGCACCUUGAUCUCGGGGCUGCCCCCCGCCAGCCGGUCGACGUACUCGGAGACCGCCGCGGCCUCCCAGUCCCCCUUCGCUCCGGCCCGCGGCUGCCUGCCCACCACGUGGAUGGACACGCCGAAGGCGCACAGCGCCGCGCUGGCGCCCGGGCGCGCGUCGCGCCGAGGCCGCCGCCGCCGCCGCGCC